AUGAAUUGGUUUCUGCUGCUUUUAAUUCUAAAACUUUUAAACAUCAAUUGGGCGGCACCCAUAGAUCUGUUGGAGGCCAACGAUGAUUUACAGCAGGAUAAAGAGAUUCUAGACAAUCUCAUUAAUAAAGGUUUUAGUGUGGCUGAUGAAGCAAACAAUCUAUUUAAAACAACGGAGGAUAUAAUCAACAGCACGGAGAACGCUUACAAUUUUACAGCUUUAAGUGAAAGCCUUAAAGAAAAUGUUCAACAAAUUUCACAAGAUUUACACAACUUUACGGUGGGUUUUGAAAGAGAAGUAGAAGUAAAUCAUGAAAAGCCAACAACCGAACAAACUGUGGAAAUAACUACAAUAAAUCAGGAAAAUGGAGAUCAAGUUGCUGCAAUUAUUAACUCUGAUAUGCCAGUUGCUCAGGAAGAAACUAAACAAGAAGAGAUUGCCACGAGCUCCCAAAGACUAGUGGAAAAUACUACUGAACAUUUGGAAAAACUCAUGCAAGAUCUUAACAAUGUGCCAGUUGCUCAGGAAGAAACUAAAGAAGAAGAGGUUACCAUGACCUCCCAAAACCAAGAGGAGAGUUCUACAGAACAUGUGGAACAAGUCUUGCUAGAUCUUACAAAUUCCAGUAGUGACAAUGUGCAGCCAACAGUUGCAGAAUCUAGAAGCAAUCCAGAAAAUAUUUUAUCUAUUAGCACAACAGAAAAUGAAUCAGCAGUUACUGAGAAUAUUUCCAACAUGAAAUCUUCAACUGAAAGCGAUACUUUUACAGAUCACAUUGUCACUCCAGCUGAUGAGGAAACCAUGAAGGAGUUAGUGGAAAUAACUGAAAAUAAAACUGUCGAAGUAUCAGAAAAUAAACCGGAACAAAACUUUGAUUUCACAACAACUUCAAGUGCUGCUAAUACAGAACAAGUUUCCCAAUAUUCCGAAAACAUUUCAGAACAAACCACUCAAGAUUCAAAACCAGAAACUUCUACUUCAAAUACCCAGUCGAUUGUUGAAAAUAUUUCAGAGCAAACCACUCAAGAUUCAAAACCAGUAACUGCUAUUUCAAAUACCCAGUCGAUUGUAGAAAAUUUAUAUGAAAAUGUGGAAAAUCUCUACAAUCAAUCUGAGAAAUUAAUUAACAAUGUACUAGACAAAGCUACAGAAACAACUGCUCAAGAAGAACUUGCAACAAAUACAGCCAGUAACCAAGACUCCACAACCUUUAAUAAUUUGGAAGAAUCCUUAGCUCCCGUAACACAGGAAAAUAUAAUUGAAGAGAUGUCUUCAGUAGCUAUUGAUAAUGUUACAGAGCACACCCCAGAAAAUUUUGAUCUUGUCUUGAAUUCCAACAACCAUGAUGUUGCUAAAGAAACUACAAUAGUAGAAGAGACAACAGUUUUUAAUCCGGAAGAAACUUCCAAUGAAACUUCCGCCCUCAAGCAAACUGUUGAUGAAUUUAUAAAUCAAGUUGCAGAUAUUGGUAGUAGCAUAGGAAAGGCUGCAGAAGAAUUAAGAAUCGAUGCUUCAAUGAUGCACGCAGCAGCGGAGAAUUUCAGUAACCCAGAUAUGCCAAUCAUCAACCAGGAAAAUAUGAACGAAACAGAAGUACCAACAGUUGCUGUUGAAGAUAAUUCUGACAAGGCUCCAAGUUUUAAACAAGCUGUAGAUUCCUUUAUUGAAGAUGUUGUGGAAAUUGGUAGUAAAUUGGGCUUGAUUCCAGAGGAAACACCAAACGAACAAAUUACAACAACUCCAGAGUCUUUGGGAGAGAAUGUAAGUACGGAAACUUCUACUGCUGCUGAGGAGAAAGAAGAUUCGAAACUUCAAGAAGUUGAAAGCUCUACCCUCAUUUCAAAUUUCGAACAGUCUUUAGAUUCUCUUGUGGGAAAACUCGAUGAAGUUGCUGGAAAUUUGGAUUCAAAUAAAACAGAUUUGUCUAUGGCUCAAACAGAAGACAAAGUUGAAGAAAUUGUUACUACUACUCCAUCUUCUAUGGAGAAUUUAAAUGAGAAACAGGAAACUAAUACUGAAGCAGUUCAAAAUACUGAAAAUUCCAACUUUGGUCAUUCUGUAGAGACCUUAAUAGGAGCAGCUUCUGAAUUUGGCAGCAACUUCGGUAAAGCGAUCACUGGUUUAUUUACUGUUAGCGAAAAUAAGCCAGAAUCAGCCACCGAAAGCCCCAAUGACAUGAUAAAGGAAACUACUACUCAAGAAGAGCAAAACAAAUUAGAAAAUUCUGAAAUUUCCAGCACCCACAGUCCAUUGGAAAUUUCUCAAGAAGACUCUACAAAUUUCUGGAUGGUAGAUCAUGAAAAUAAUGAAGUUUCUUCCACAACUUCUACACCAAAUGAAAGUUUCCAAUAUUCUACUGAAGGAAUGAUGAAAAUCUUGGAAGAAAAUCAUGAAGAUAAACAUAUUGUUCAACAGGAAGGUGAAGACUUAACUAGCCAAGUUCAACAAGAGAACCUAGAGAACUUGAAACCUAAGGAGGAAGUGCAUCUAGGCGAAUAUGCUGAAUAUAUACCAGUAGCUGUAAUUACAAGUCCUGAAGGUGAUAACGAAACUUCAAAACCAAUACAGCAAGCUGAAAUCUCACAACAAUUGGAAACAAUUAUCUUAAAUAAGGAAACAAAAGUUACAGAACCGGAAGUGCAAGCCACGCAAGGUGAGGAAAUAGUAAUCAAAAACGAAGAACUAGCCACAAGAAAUGUGGCAAACGAGAACGAAACAUCUUCCACCACUGAAAGUCUUAAUGAUAACAUAACUGCCGCAAAAGAUUCAGAAGCAUAUACUACAUUACCUGCCAUACUAGAAGAAACUAGCACCACCACUGCUCCUGCUACCAUUGAGGAAACUACCAAUCCCCUAACUAAGUUUGAAAAUACCAUAAAAACUCUAAUAGAACAAGAAAAACUCAAACAUGAAGAGCAGCAUUCAAACACCUUAGAAACCACACAACAAGAAACAACAACCUUAGCUCCCAGCACACUUACAUCCUCUACACUCCAGGAAGAAUUCACCACCACAACAGCUCUAGAAGAAACCACCAUGCCCAAAAAGUUCGAGGAGGAACUACAAAUGGCUGUUAAGGCUUUAGAGGAAACAACUCAUCAUCAUUUCGAAGAAUUCCAAAAUAAUCUAAAACAAGCUUUCAAAAAGUUCACCGUUUGGGGAGCCGAACAUGAGAGAUCUGAAGAAACCACCACCAUGUUUAAGAACAACUUGAAUGAGGCAGUAACUACACAACAGCCUUUAGCCGAACAACCCACCACCAUGAUGCCAGAACAGGAAACCAGUCAAGACAGUAUUAAUGUUGUAAUGGAAGACUCCUAUAAAACUGAAGAACCUCAUCGUAGUGGUGUUAUAAAUCAAAAUUUUGUUGACAAAUUUGCUGACAACUACCAGGAGACUUCUGAGGUUGCAACCACUGAAAUGUCAAUGAAGAAGGAAAGUUUUACUAAAUCAGAGGAAACUACUGAGACUCCUAUUGCUAUGACUACCAUGUUGCCAGCUGUUGAGGAAGAGCAGUUUGAACUUAAGAAAAAUGAGAAUUUCGUGGAAGCUACUACCAGGCAUAAUGAUGUGAAAGAAGAUUUGCUAGCUACUGCUGAAAACUUUGUUGUUAAUGAAAGUACUAGCGAAACUCAAGAAGCCACAACAGAAUACACCACAGAAUCUUCUAUUACACCCCUACUGAACAGAGUGCCAUUGGAAAAAGACAUCAACAGUAUUUCCCUAACUUUAGACAAUGAAUCCAACACAGUAGCUGCUGCACAGGAGUCUACAACACAGCAACUAGAAUCAGAAUCAUUGAAAGAAAAGCACUUGGAAUCAACGCAAACAAUACAAACUACCGAAUCAAUGGAAGAAAUUAAUACUCUACCAACUCCGGAAUCUUCCCAACAAGAAAUGGUUACUUUCAUUGAACACAGCGAAACAAAUACUGCCACACAACAACAGCAACAACAGCAGCAGGAGCCAAAGGAAGACGAAGACUCCUCAGCCACAUCGCAGACACAAGAACCUUUAACGCAGGCCUCAUUUAUGGAAGAGCAACAGCAACAAAUCGACUCAACAACCGAACAUGAUGCACAAACACAAACAGCUGCCACAAGUGGACAAACAGCCACCACUACGACGAUAGAUGAGGACACUUUAGAGCAACAGACAACGGAAACGGAAAUUCAGUACUCAACCACUGUAGUGGAAGAAGAUGAAAUGACAAUGACGACAACUUCUGUUGAACCACCAACAACUACGAUACCACUGACGCCUGCAGAACCAGAAGCGCGAUCUCUGUCCCUGCCACCACCAAAACUAGAAUAUCUACAAAAUGAAGAUGGUGUAGAAGUAUUCUAUGGCUAUUCAAUAGUUAAACACAAUUAAUUAAAGAAUUAAUUAAUAAUACACAU